CCGAUAAAACCUUUUAAUGGUUCAACACUUACAUUUGCUCGCAGAGUUUGCCUAGCUUACCUAAAAAUUAGGAAUAUUAAAAUUUUAAAAUAAUUUUCAAAUUUCUGGUGAUGAAAUUGGAUUAUAAUUUCAGGGUAGUAGCAUGCCAAGAUGCAUGCCAUAGGUUGCGGUUGCGGUUGCUUUCCUCAACUUGCUUUCUUAAUCUUAAUUAAUGCCAAUUUACCCUCAAACCCUAAUUCCUUUUUUCGCUACUGGUCAGAGUAAUCACACCAAAAAUUUAUUGUCAUCCCAUGUAAUUUAAAUUUUGGUAAAAUCUUCGUUUUAAAAAGCGAGAGGUGCACAAAAGCGACGAGGUCUAAAACCGAGGCGCAAAAGCGGCGGCCUUUUCGUACCCGAGGCGCAAGCUAAUUAUAUAUAUUUUUAUAUAUCCCAUGGUUUUUAGCUUUCCCUACCCAAAAUAUAGCUGUUAAUAGGAGCAGCAAGUUAGUUGGGACCCGCCGAUGGCUGAUGACACAACCGAACCGAGCUACUGGUUGAACUGGAGGUUUUUCCUCUGUGUUUUGUGGAUAUUUAUUGCUAUGAUAUUAGCAGCAAUCUUAAUAAUCAAAUAUGAAAUAUUCAUCAAAAAGAAAGUUGAAAAUAUAAACGAUGAGGAUGAUGUGGAAGCCAUCGGGAUUUUGUAUGAGGAUGAAACUUGGAGGACCUGUUUAGAAUCAUUCCAUCCUGCCUGGCUGCUUGUUUACAGAUUGGUUGCAUUUGGUGUAAUGUUGGCAUUGCUAAUUGCUAAUCUGAUUGUUUACGGAGCUAACUCUCUUUUCUUUUACACCCAGUGGACAUUUGCUUUGGUCACUUUCUAUUUUGCGCUUGCAUCUUCACACUCAAUAUAUGGAUGUUACAAAUAUCGGAACGAAGUUGGUGAUGAUAAUAUCGAUAAUGCCAUCAUAGACCAAGAACAAAGCAACCCCGUUAACCCGCCAAAUAAUGGUUUAAGUCAUGGAAAGACUGCUGGUGUAUGGGGCUAUUUCUUUCAAAUAGUCUUUCAGAUAUGCACAGGUGCUGUUGGACUCACCGAUAGUGUGUUUUGGUUCAUAAUCUAUCCAUUUCUUACUCCUGCAGACUACACUUUACAUUUUUUUGAUAUUAGCAUGCAUUCUGUCAAUGCCAUUCUCCUCCUUGUUGAUAUAGCUCUGAAUCGCGUGCGGUUUCCUUUCUUUCGUUUGGCUUACUUUGGUCUAUGGACAUGUGUAUUUGUCAUUUUCCAGUGGAUAUAUCAUGCAUGUGUAUCAAUGUGGUGGCCAUAUCCCUUCCUUGAUUUAUCAUCUCCAUAUGCUCCCAUUUGGUAUUUUGGAGUGGGAUUAAUUCAUCUUCCUGCUUAUGGUAUCUUUGCACUCAUAAUUAGGGGAAAGCAACUUUUGUUGUCAAGAUUUUCCUAACAACAAAAUGGAGGAAUUGGCUACAGGAUUCUUAAAGUUACAUUACCAAGAUGCAUUUUAAUACAUCAUGUUGUAUAUGAAUUUAUCUGUCCACAGUCCAUUUGAUAACUAUCUAAAUUGUCAUAUCAGCUGGACCAGCCCAGAAAAUGACCUAAAUUGAGCCCAAUAACAAGGCUUUUGUUACUAUGGACAGUCCAAGAAAAUUUACCUACUUA